UAGUGCUGCGUUUGGAUAAGGUACUAUGGCGUUCAAACUCCUACUCUUGGCAGCUAUGCUGCAGCUAGCAACAUGUAAACCGACCUUAACACUGGGAGACAUGGAAAUAGCCGACGAUACGGAGGCAGUCGGGUCUUAUGUGAGAGAAGUGCGGGCAGCGGCGCCCGAGGAUUACCACAAAUCGUACGAGAACGAGGGAGAUGGAGAGAUCGGAUACUCUCGCAAGAAGCAGGGAGGAGGCAAGAAGGGAUACCAGCACUUCGACAGCUACCAUAAGAAGGCGGGCGACAACUACGAAUUCGAAAAGCAAGACUCCUUCGGACACGACGACGGUGGCAACAAGGGCGCAUACAGCCACAACCACGAAAGAAAAGUUAAGGCUGACCAAACUGACCAUGGCGACCAUUCUGGCGCCUACAGCUACAACCAUGAAAGAAAAGAAAAAGCCAAGAAGGAGAAGUACAGAGAGCCGGAGUACGAAGCGGAAGAAAGAAGCAGCGGAGAACAGAAGGAUGAUCAUACCCAUGAGGAGUUAAAAUCGCUUCUUGAGAGUGUUGAAGCUUUGGAAGAUGAAAUUCCCUUCCCUAUAAGAAAACGAAGAGAUCUUACCUCGCACAGAAAACAGAAAAUACCUAUUUUAGCCAUGAAAGUAUUCUAAUGUCAGAGAGAGGGCGCAAGCGAUGGCAACGGCGGGGUCGAAGCACACGGCCACGACCCGAGAGAUUACGUCCUUCCCGAGAAAUAUAUCGAAGGAGAUGAAUACAAAUACUAGAAUAGACUUAGUUAAAUAAAUACUUGACUGAUAGUAUUUAGGGAUGGGUAGUAAUAAGUUUGUUAUUGCAUGUAUUAAACAGCAUUUUUAUAAUUA